AUGCUGUUCUCAAGAUCCGGACGAACAAUAUUUCCUCUCCUUCCGCCCUACGGGGCUCACGACCCCAACGCAGGCCGAAUAAUCCCACUUCACCCAGACGGCCUGACACCAUACCUAGGUUUGCGGGCCCGACUGUCCCAAGUAUGGAUCAACCGCUGGACGAUCCUGCUUCUCCUCGUGCUGGUCCGACUUCUAAUCGCAAUCGGCGGCAUGGACUCCGACAUGGGCUCCGCCAGACGAGAGGCACUGUCGGCAUGCACAUCGGUGGAGUCCAUGGGCAGCUCGAUGGCGUCGAUGCCGCACUAUCUCUCCAAGGGAGUCAACGAGCUCACGGCGUCGGGGAUUGAGAAGUCUGUGAAUGGACUCAGAUCCAUGCUGCUGCUCACCAUCACCGGUGUCGAAGAGAUCGUUCUGUUCAUCAUCAAGAUCAUGUACCAGACCUACAUGUGUCUAAUUACGCUCGCUGUUCGCGGCAGUGUCUCCAUCGGCGUGGGACUCCUCAAAGACGCCGCCGACUUCCUCAACUCCACUCUCAAAGACAUCGGCAAAGACCUCGAAAAGACCGUCAGCACCUUCGAGGACGGCUUGAAGGACUUCGCCGAUAUGGUGAACAAGGCUGCUAGCGCGCUGGGCGCCCAUCUCCCUACUCUGGAUAUCGAUGGCUCUGUCGACAAACUCGAACACCUCCAGCUGCCGUCGUCGAUCGACAGCGGUCUCGACAAACUGAACAAUUCCAUGCCUACGUUCAGCGAGGUCCAGAACUUUACCGAGAACGUCAUCCGCUUCCCGUUCGAGGAGGUCAAGACCCUGGUCAAUCAUUCCCUGGGCACCUACACAUUUGAUCGCUCUGCACUACCGGUGCCAGCCAAGAAACAGCUGUCGUUCUGUGAAGACAACGACGGUAUCAACAAGUUCUUCGACGGAGUGUCGGAUUUGUCCUCGAUGGCACGCAAGAUCUUCAUUGCCGUCCUCGUCGUCGCAGCCAUCCUGGCCUGCAUUCCGGUCGCAUGGCAGGAAAUCCGUCGCUGGCGCUCAAUGAAAGAACGCGCCCAGCUCGUGCGCAAGGAAGCCCACGACCCCAUGGACGUGGUGUACAUCGUCUCGCGGCCGUAUACAGCCACAGCGGGGAUCAAGGCAGCAAGUCGCUUCAGCAACAGCCGGCGCCAGAUCCUCGUCCGGUGGGCCAUCGCCUACGCGACCUCGAUGCCAGCGCUGUUCGUGCUGGCUCUAGCGAUCGCGGCUCUAUUCUCGUGUUUGUGUCAGUACUUGCUGCUCCGCGCAGUGGAAAAAACUGUCCCAGAACUCAGCACCGAGGUCGGCGCCUUUGCUGACAAGGUGGUCGGGUCGCUGGAGAAUGCAUCGACGGAGUGGGCCACGGAUGCCAACGGGGUGAUCGCGCACAUGAACAAGGACCUGAACAAGGACGUGUUCGGGUGGGUGAACACCAGCACACAUGCAGUAAACGACACGCUGAACGUCUUCGUCGAGAAAACCACGGGCGUGCUCAACGAUACCUUUGGCGGCACACUGCUGUAUGAGCCGAUCAAAGACGUCUUCGACUGCCUGAUCGGGCUGAAGAUCGAGGGCGUCCAGAAGGGACUGACAUGGGUCUCUGACCACGCUCACAUCGACUUCCCCCUUCUCCCCAACGACACUUUCUCCACGGGCGCAGCCUCCAGCAUCUCCGACGAUGGCGGCGGCUCCAAUCCCUCGGACAGCUUCCUCGCCGACGCCGGCGACAAGACCUCCAACAAGAUUACCGAGGUCGUCGCCCGGGUAACCAGCAAGCUCGAGGACGCCCUCCGUAUCGAGGCAAUUAUCGCCACGGCCAUCCUACUGCUCUGGGUUCUCAUUGCCCUCAUCGGUAUAAUCCGCGCCCUGGCCCUCUUCUGGGGUCGAGAUCGGAACCGCGGCGAGGGAGGCGGCCAUGCGAUAGACCCUGUGCCCACUACCCGUGCACCCCCGUCCGACUCUAAUGGCUUCAUAGAUGUCCCUCUUACUGCUGUUCCGAAGGAUAUGGCUGCCCCCGUACCGCCGGCCCCUCCGUACGAGUAUGAGUCUCCGCCGGCGGCUGUCCCGGCGAGCGCCGUGCCUGUCCGGGGUGAGCCGUCGUAUGCGGAUGAGAAGAUGGGAUUCGCCGGGCAGCGCACCUAUGGGUCUGCGUUGCAGGUGGAUUCAGCACCGGAUUUGCGGGGGAGUAGCUAUGUGGAAUAUGAUAUGAAGCGCUGA